AUGUUUACCAAAACUUUCUUGAGAAAUGCUUCCAGUGGAAUAAAUAGGGGAUUCCAUACUUACUCCUUCAAAUCUAUGCCAUCCGUGGCCCGUAAACCUGCUUUUUUAACAGGCUUUAUUGGUGCAUCAAUCACGACUUUUGCUGCUUAUGAAUCUUUCAAAUAUUACUGGCCACACAGCACUUAUGUUUCGUUGGAAUCACCAGUGUACAGCUCUUCAAUAAGUAAUCUUGAAGACACUAUUGUCGUUGAUAAAUCUAUUAAUAGUUUUCCAACAACUUUAGUUUCUCCAGAGGAUGGUCAAACCAAAUUCUCCUUGAUCGGUUACGGUAAUAGAAAAGUGACUUUCUUGCAGUUCAGCGUCUACGGCUUGGGUAUUUAUAUUGCCAAUGAAGAUGUUGCUAAGAUCCCAGAGGUCCUUAACUCUAAGUACUUGUCAGAGGUUUUCAUUGACAAGCAUGAUCCAAGUUUAAGCCAUGCUGAUAAUUUGGCACUCGCAUUGAAGGAUCCGGAAACUUCUGAAGUAUUAAUUAACAACUUAUUGGACGCUAAUAUCAGAUUUUUAAUUAGAAUUGUUCCUUUAAGGGAUACUGAUUUCAAUCAUUUAAGAGAUGGGUUUGUGAAAUCUUGUGUUCGUAAUAGGCUUGUAAAGUCCCUGGCUCCAGAUAAUUUGAAUAGUGGUAUUGAUGAAAUCCGUGUUAUUUUCAAGAAAUAUAGAUCAAAAUGUCCAAAGAACCAUGUUUUCUUGGUGGAAACCGACAAAGAGGGUAAGACAUCCUUUAUUUAUGAGAACCUUGGUAAACAUCCUGAACAGAAGAAGGUUGAAGAAGUUGUCUACUUAGGCACCGUUCAGGAAACCGUCAUAAGUAAGGCUUUGCUACUCAAUUAUUUUGCUGGUGCAAAGCCUAUUAGUAAUGAUGCAAGAAAGAAAUGCAUUGAUGAAAUUUUAAGAGUUGUCUAG